AUGGGGAACUCAUCAUCAGCUCCGCCAAAACACUCCUGUGAGGUAGUCAUUGUCGGGGGAGGUUAUGGUGGCAUUCAGGUUGCUAUGCAACUUGAUAGCUACUGCAAAGUCACUCUCAUUGAUCCCAAAGAUGCUUUUCAUCAUAACAUGGCAGGAUUGCGAAGUGUCGUUGAGCCGUCUUUUGUCAAGAAGACUCUCAUACCUUAUGAAGGAAUUCUGAAGCAUGGCACCUUUGUUCAGGAUCGUGUUGUUAGUUGCAAUAUCUCCAGAAGAACAGUGACACUUUCCAGUGGAAAUGAGAUUAGCUACGAUUAUCUUGUGUUUGCCUGUGGCUCAUCUGUUCCAUUUCCAGGUAAGUUCCUGAGUCUAUAAUAUCUUUGCAUUAACUGAUGCAGGAAUAUAAUAUUCAACCAUGAAUUUGGUGACUUUUGUUGAGGUUCCUGUGUGUCACAGGUUUUAUGGAAAAAUAUUUUGGCCUCCAUCACUCCUAUUUCAUUAGGUUGCUGAUGGGAUUUUAAAUUGCCAGGUUCAGUAACAUAACCUGUUAGGUUGUGUUCAGUCAGUCACAUGCUUAGGUUUCUGCCAGUUUCACCAAUGUAGGAAGCCUGGCAGUUGCAGCAUUCGAUCUUGUACACUGCUCCUUGUCUGUCCCCUAGGUUUGUUUUUGUCCUUAAUGGUUUCAUGCAAUCCAAGUAAUGAAGCCAUAGUGCCUAGGUAACGUAAGGUUUUUAUAGUUUCUAAAAGAGUAUGAUUUAUUUUUUGAAGGGAAGCUGCCUUUAGGAACAAGUAUGGAAGAUGCUUUAAAACUUUACAAGGAAUGCACUGACCAGGUACUAAUAGUCUUAAAGAGCUUGAUUGAGCCAAACAUCAAACAAAAACCAUGAGCGAUUUAUUGAACACUUAAAACUUAUCACAACUAACUCAACAAUCAGCCAAUGUUUCAGAACCAAUUUUAAUUAUUUUUACAUCAUUCUAAGCAAAAUUUAACCUUUUCUAUUGAUUUCACUUAAGCCAGACUAACAUUUUCAAACGGUUAGUCAGUUUGCGGUUUUGGCACGUGAAGUCCUGAAACUUGAUAGGUUUAUAAACAAUGAGCAUUCCUGACAUAUUUUAGGUGUUCAUUUUCCCAGUUGCACUGUAAACAUGUUUUAAACUUACUUUUCUAUUUAUCAUUGUUCCUUGGCAUUAAUUUGUUCGUUUUAGGUCAUUAAAAGUGACAGAAUUGUUGUCAUUGGUGGAGGGGCUGUUGGGUUAGAGUUGGCUGGUGAAUUAGCCAAUGACUACCCAAAGAAGAAAAUCACUCUUGUGCAUAACAGGGAAGAAAUUCUUGAUGACCGAAUGGCACCAAAGUUUAUUAAGAAGGCACGUGAUGGGCUUAAGGGUUUAAAGGUUGAGACCAUUCUUGGAGAGCGUGUAAAUAUGGAUGACUUGAAUGUAAGUAAUAGUUUAUCAAUUGGGUUAUGAUAGAGUUCCUUUGGGUGAAGCCAAGAAAGAAAAAUGAUAUCAAAUGUGGAAAAUUCUAUUGAAUAAGCUACAAGCUCUAUAGAAAGAUAGAGGAAAAAUUAAGUGCACAGAGAAAUGUAUUUACAUUCGGCGGAGCUAAACGUAGUGGUAGUGACAGCGAAUGUAAAUACUUUCCUAUUGGUAUGAACGCACAUGAGCCGCUAUAGCGUUAAUUGACUCUAUUGUUGUAACGUAUAUAAGGUUUUGACAGUUGUAAUGUAUUCAUCUCAGCUCUCGAACUAUCAAAUUCUAUUUUUAUAUCUUACUUUAUUCAUCUAUCGAUUGAUUUUUUUACCUUUAACCCCCAGAGGUUGUGCGACCGCAUCGGUUGGGGAAUAUGUUCCCAAUUUUUUCCCAUUGGGUUUUUGGGUUUUUGUAUCAGACAGUGCACAUGAAUAGUUUAGCCUGAGUGACUUUAUUUAGGAAUAUUUGUGUACCAUUCUUUAGUUAUGAUGUUGAACUUUGUAUGUUAUUUGGACAGCAUUAAACACUCAGGCUCCAUAGUUCGAGCUGUACACCCAUUCCCGUCUCUUAGUCAUGAAUAUAAAUAGGAACAUGAUUUUGUUUCCCGAAAAUGUAUUGCAAGAUUAAGAUAUUCAGACAUAUUUCUUUAAAGAGUGAUAUACAUUGAGAAAAAUAAUUGUUUUUUUUUUUACUUUAAGCAAAAACAUGGAAGAAAUUAAUUACCAUAUUUCUAUAACCUGCCUCUCAUACAUAAUUUAACCUCAGUGAGUAACGUCUGCGAAGCAGUGGGAAGAUCCUCCUUCCAAAUUUCCUUUCAUCCCAACUGGCAAAUUGACAAUGGGUUAUUUAACAGGGGAAUUGUGCCACGUCGUACUCAAAUUCUGGUACACAGCUGGGGGCCCAGAACACGGAUUUUGGCGCUGUUUUGCGGAUGAAGUUAACCAGACUUAAGUUCCAUCUGUAACACAGGCAAUUCUAAUAGGAGACAUGUUUUUGGCAGUUUGAUUCAGAUAAACCUUGGAUUUCUGGACCCUUAACACUGACAACGGACAAAGGCACCAGCAUUNCGGAUGGAGUUAACCAGACUUAAGUUCCAUCUGUAACACAGGCAAUUCUAAUAGGAGACAUGUUUUUGGCAGUUUGAUUCAGAUAAACCUUGGAUUUCUGGACCCUUAACACUGACAACGGACAAAGGCACCAGCAUUGAAACAGAUCUGGUGUUUCGCUGCACAGGACUGAAAGUCAAUUCCAUAGCAUACCAGUCAAAGCUUUCUGACAAGAUGGAAAAAAAUGGAAGUCUUAAAGUGGAUCGAUUCCUGAGGGUGGAAGAAAUUGAGAAUUUGUUCGCCAUCGGGGAUUGUAACAAUACUCCUGAACUCAAACUGGCAUAUUUAGCACGUCUACAGGCCGGUAAGAUAGUUAAAUUGUAGAUACUUUUCACUGUCACUGCAUAAGAAUGAAAUCCGAAAAGGCAAUAAAAUUUUCCAUAACAUCUCCCAGAUGAUUCCCAGGUUUGUGUAAAUUCCUGCCAAUCCUAGUUAUUCCUUCUGAAUUGUAGCGUAAGUAAACAUUUCAACCUGACAAAUGAAACAUCAAGUUGUUUGCUUACAACAAAUGUUAGAAACAAUUAACUGGUGUUUUUGAGCUACACUGUCGUUAUUGUAUGAAGUUUUGUUUUGAAACCAAAAGUACUGUCUGUAAUAAAGAGGUGCCCAUAGUUUGGAGCUGAUUGUAAGAAGAAGUUUGACAGUAAAUUAUUGGAUGACCUGCCCACAUGUACUCCGAAUACUAUAAUCUCAAAAGGCAGGGUAGGGCGUAUGGCACUCUAAAUUCAUUGUUGCAUUUUGAUUAGAAGAACUUUAUUAGUAAGCAGAUAACAUAAGAGAAGCACUGCCCGCACCUAGCAAGGCUAUUCAAGGCGGAAAAGUGCCUGGAAAAUAAGAAAUUAAGAAUAAGGUUAACUUAGGAAAGUUAACAGUUUAAAAAUCAUAAGAUGGAUAAGGACCAGUGACUGACUGAGUCUGCUUAUGAAAGAGUAUAAUAGAUAUGAAAUGGCCUCAUGUCAGGGGUACCCAAGGUUAAUUUUUGCAAUAUAUCUGGAAGACGAAUUGAGAUCUAGAAUUUUCGGAACGUUUGUUGUAAAAUUUCUUGCUUGCCUGACUCUGCUAGGAUUUUCGAACUUCUAAAAAAUGGUAUAAUUUCCCGUUUUUAAUGGAUUUUUACCCCUAAAAGUCACCUAGAAUUUUCGGGAGCCUUUUUUGUGGCUGGAAUUUUCGAAAAGGUAAGUUUUGAUCCCUAUAAUUUUCGGAUCACUAGACUUUCAGCUAGGAAAUCCGAAAAGAUGAAAAAUUUUUAGGGGAUAAAAAUAUGCCUAUAUCUACCGUUUAACUACUAAAAUACGUUUAACAAUGCUAUGUUUAAGUGGUUUUGAACUAUAUUCUCGUUGGGUGCCUCUGUAAUGUAUAAGUUCCUUUCAAACAGAAAGUUUGAUAGGUUUCAUCCCAAUUGAUUGUUGUCUUCUUUUACAGAUGUAGCGGUGGAAAAUAUUAAACGGCUGAAUGAAAACAAACGUCUUAAAGAAUACAAGCCGUCUAAUCCUGUAAUGAUUUUGCCUCUUGGAAGGAGUGGUGGGGUCUCCCAGCUGCCAAAUGGUAUGGUGGUCGGCGGAUUCGUAACCAAAAGCAUUAAAGGAAAGGAUGUUAUGACAGCAGACACAUGGAAGGCAAUGAAGAAGAAGAUGCCUUCCGACUAA